AUGAGGUCAUUAUAUUAUUUUUCGAAAGCAUUAUUGUACGCAACUUAGGGGAGUCCACAAUCAGAUGGCACCAGUAGUACACGAGAAACGAAACGGUACAGGCAAGCAAUAUCAGUCGAUCGUUGACUGCGACCGCACGAGGACGGUAGGGUCGACAGUCGUACGCUAUCUCAACACGAAUCGGGAUUGGUCGACGGUUCUCCCGUAAGCCCCGCCUACCAGGUGGUCGUUCGAAAGUGUAGUUGUGUAGUUCCUUACGGCGAAACGACGGGCGCUGCUCUCUCUCCAACGUACCCAAUCGCGAGAAAAUCUGAAAUGAGACGUGUCGGCGCGCUAAUAUGUGACGGUUGAGAGGAAACGAGGACCAGGAACGUGCGAGAGGGUGGUUUACGCGCGGGUGCUACCACUUUCGAAGCGUGACGAGGAGAACGAACCGCGUAAAGAAGUGGCAAACGUGGAGAGCGUGAAGAAAAAGGAAAAUAUACGUCGAGAAACGAGAGAAGACGCGUGUGUGCCAGAGCUGCGGGGCAGUGUGAGAGAAUCCUCUAUUUCGGGGGGGUUGUAUGUCUUUCUCUGUCUCUUUAACUUCUUUUUUACUCUUCCCUUCUGUUUCUCUCUCCAUCCUUUACUCGUUUUGUUCUAUGGGUGAAAAUAUCGCCGCGACAAGUGUUUUCUCGCCAAUAUAGUAUGCGCCGUUUCGUAUCGCGGGGUAAAACAUAAAGGUAAAAAAAGUGCUUCGUUUAACCAACAAGGACGUCGUCAGCUGUGUGCGCUUUUACGAGGGGGACGUGUGCGAGAGAGAACCCGCUGCUGAGAGACAGAGAAAUGGCGGCGCUGGUGGCAGGUGUCCAGUAUGGUUUGUCGUCGCACAGUAAUUUUCACGAAAACAAGUCUCUGAUCUUUGUGAAGCUCACCGACUCGGCGCAACGUGCCAUCGAGGACUUCCUGAGGAAUCGGAACAAGACCAGCCAGAACCCUACUAUACAGUUCCUAGGAAACGAAGGGCAACUCUCCUUUCCAUCCACGCAAUCCAGCCAUGGAUCGGCGGGCUUCACGUUCAGCCUUUCCGGCAACCAGGACAUCGAGGGUCCUCAGGGUGGCUUCGAAUGCAUCCAGCAGACCGGCCCCAAGAGUCUGGAGAGUCUUGGCGCAUUGCCGUGCAAAAUGCGGAUACAGGCGAACGACGACGUGUACGAGACAACCAGGCAUCGAAUGGCCGUCGCCGAGGAGAAUAACAAGAAUAAAUGCACCAGGGUUAUCAAGGCAAACGGGCCGGACAUCGGGCGCAAGGUGAAGGUGAAAGCGUCCGGAAGGCCCAUACCAUCUCCAUCGAACUCGAGGCAUCGGGAAUCGACGAGCAUUCCAACAUUCGGCAGUCAGCCCAGACUGUCUUCCUCCUCUUACAAACCAGCCGUCAGUAAUCCUCCGCCAGCCAGGAAUCAACCGGAGAAAAAGGUCUCGGACGUCAUGCGCAGGCCGUUGAAGGAGAGGCUCAUACAUCUCCUCGCCUUGAGGCCGUACAAAAAGCCUGAAUUGUAUGAUCGCAUAAACAGAGAGGGUAUAAAGGAGCGCGAGCGUAGCGCCAUGACGACGAUCCUGAAGCAGGUGGCUUUCAUGAGGGAUAACACGUAUUAUUUACAAAGGUAUGUUUGGAACGACGUGCAGGAAGACUGGCCUUACUACACCGAACAGGAGAAGGCGAUGCUGAAAAGAAGGAAACCUCAGAACCUUACGCCUCCUGGUUCCAGCGACGGUGGAUCUAGCGGUAGUGGACAGUCGCCGAAUUCCACUCAUCCAGGUUCUCCUCCGGCCAUCACGGCGCCGCCACCCUCUUUGAGCGCCAAACGGCCGGGCUACUUUCAAGGUAACGACGGACUGCCCACGAAGAAGCAACGGGUGUCCCGUUGCAAGAAGCCGGAGCCAAGCUCCGGCUCGUCGAACCCCGGGGAGAACGGAAGGACGGCUGGUAGUGGUGGUAAUAAUAGUAACAGUGUUAGUGGAGUUCACGGCGGCGGAGCCGGCGGUAGUAGUGCUAGUGGCAGUGGUGGUGGCACCGGUGUGGUUGACGGUUGGGACCAGAGGCAGCAUCAGCGUGAUCGCCGCGGCGAUUACAGGCCCGAAAGAACAGCGAACAGUGAUGUGCUACGGGGUGGCAGCUACGGGAGCGGGAAACCGUGCACGACGCCCACCAGUGACAGUGAGGACAACCGGACCGGUCACCGGGACAUCAGCGUCGCGGUCAUUGGGACAUCGUCCGGUAGCAACGCCAGCAGCAACGCGACCAGCAGCCAUAAUUCUCAUAGUAGUGUAGCCCAUAGUAAUUCGUUGAACAGCGGUCGUCAUCAUCACGCCGCCAAGUCCACGACGGCCGUUUCUGAUAGUAUUACCAUCGCGGCCGUGGAUUUCGUGGCCCGGUCGAUGCCCAGUGCCGUGACUGACGGUGGUAGUACGGGUAGUUACAGUGGUAGUUCGAACGGCGUGCUAGCCGACAGGAGAGACAGGAGCGACAGGAACGACAGGGGUCGCGGAGGCGACAGGGACCGGGAGUCGAAGAAGAGGAACAGCGGUUCCGGCAGCAACACCUACAACGACCUGGCUGGCACCGAUUACGCCGGUACCGGGGACAGCACCGUCACCACAUCCACCUGUAGCCUCGACUUACCGGAGAGUCCCAAAUCAUCGGAGUAUCCGGACUACCUCACGUACUACACGACAAUAAGCAGCUCAGAACAGAGAAGACGUUACAAGGCGGAAUUCAACGCGGACUACGAAGAAUAUCGAAGGUUGCAUGCUCAAGUGGCGAAGGUUUCUAAACGGUUUUCGCAGCUUCAGGAACGAUUGAAACAAGAAGAGGCCUCUGGAAACUGGGACGAAUAUCAGGAAAUAAGGCAACAAAUUCUGUACGAGUAUAACGAAACCAAACGGGAUCCCGUGCACAAAGAGACGAAACGUCGGUUUCACUAUCUGCACGAGAAGUUGAGUCACAUCAAACGACUGGUCCUCGAGUACGACACGCAGAAUUGUGGCGGCAGCAUGAUGGCGGCGUCCGGGAACAGCGCCGACGGUAGCAACGAAAUGAAGGAGAUGGACAGUUUGCACUACUGACACAAACUGAAAAGGCCGCCUCUUAUCCUCUACCUUUUCUCGGUUGUCGGUACGCUACUGUCUCCGUUGUCGCAGAAUUUGCAUUUUCUCGGCAUGUUCCAAGGCUGAUCUUACGGUCCACAUGGUUCCUGGGUUCUAUCGCCGAAACAGUCAAGCACUCUGAACCGGGGUUGCAAGAUGUUCACAUCGCAUCGCAAGAGAAAAAAAAAUGAAUAAUACCUUCACGCUGUAAAACCCCCGCGGAGGUCGAAGAUAUCACACCGUCGCUUUGACUUGGCGCGAACAGCGAUCUCUUCGACUUGCGCCAAGCCGCGAGCUAGAAAGAGAAAAACGCUCGCGUUUGCUGUUACCGUUGACCAAACCGGUUAACCACUGACGAAGGCUUUACGACAAUCGGUACGUUUGCAACAAACAAACAAAAAUCAUCAACAAAACAAAACAAAAACAAAAAAGGAAACAAAAAAUCCAUCCGAAAAGAGAAAACGAGAUAAGGGCAUUCGCGGAGAGUCGGGUGUGUUAACGAACACCACGCGCAGCUGAACGUACGCCGAUGUUUCUGAGCUUGUUCUCCGACGAUAGGGGAAGAUAAUAGGAAAAGGCGAUUAAAGAAGGCAAACGAAGAGAAGGCAGUAAUUAACUCUACGAUAAGUUACUUACCGUGCGCACGUCCAAGUGUGUCGUCCAGUUUAAGAGUACGUAGAUUAAAGUAACGAAAAAUAAAAAAAAGAUGAUAACAAAUGCGAAUGCGAGAAGAGGGUCCAAAAAGGUAGUAAGGGCUUAUCACGUGCCACGUCCUGAGGAGACUAUACUUCUUUUUUCCGCCGGGAGGAAAAAAGCGAGACUAGCACACAGACUGUCCAACGAGCGCCGUCCGCGAGGAUCGUGAACGACGAUCCGCGGCCGCGGCUCGCCAUUAUCUUUCCUUCAUAUAUUUUUCUUUUCUCUUCAUUUAACGUUUCCAUAUGUUUCGUGUUUUUCCUUCGAGAAAGAGUAAAGUGGAUUAAAUAUAGUUUAUCGCAAGAGAGAGAGACCUUUACGCUUCGCGAAUGUAAAAACGAUCCAAUUGUUACUUCCUCGUUCUUUGUUUUCUUCACCAUGGCCCGCUCCUGUGUCGCGGACUCGGGCUACCUUCGCUAGUAAAGAGUGACACAACUUGAGAAUCGAUCGCGCGAGAGACAACAGACAAGGAUAAAGGGCGAACACGAUGUUGAGGAUUCAGUUUCUUUUUGUUUCUUUUUUUUUUUCUUUUCUUUUAGAUUUACCUGCCAUAAAGUGAUAUAUAACCGAGCAAAUCAACCGAUCGCGAGUGAAGCAGGACUGCGUCGAAGUCGAGGGUCCCGCGACCCCUUCUAAUCCGCGCGAUCGCUCGUAGUGAUUCCGGUUGUGUAUAUCGUACGUUAAGGUGGACCCAUUUUUUACUAUUUCAAAUUAGUCAUUGAAAGGGAGAAUGCUCAGCGCCAUCGUCAUCGAUACUGCAAAGAUUUUACACGCGGCAACAUGAAAAUACAAAAAAAAAAAAUAAGUAAUGGUAUCAAGAUAUCGAGACUUACAAGUUUCAUAGUAAUUAUUAAUCGUCGCCGGCGAUAUAACAUAGUUAUAUAAUGUACAGGUGCGCCAAUUUUCUUCGCGUGCAAGUAAUACCUUCUUCGUGUAAUUAUUAUUAUGGCGAUGAAUACUAUUAAUAUUAUUAUCAACGCUAUUGCUAUUAUAUUAUAUUGUUCGGAUAGAUAGGUAGGAUAGGUACACGCGAGGCUGCGUUAGGACCUAGAACUCGUACGAGACGAAGGAAGAGAGAAUAUGUUAGAGAUAUAUACAGGGUGAUUUGUAACUGCGCGUCAAUACUUCGUGUACUAAAUCUGGAGCACGAAACAAGAAAAGAAUGUUACGUAAACGCAGGAUGCCAAGGUUUUUAUUCUCCAAGUUACGACACGUUUAUGAAAAGCAGGCGCCGCGUCGUCAUAUAAUCUAAUACUUAAUAAUAGAGAGAUUGUUAAAUUUCUUUUCUACCAUCGAUGAGAUUAAGCACGCUGCUCAAAAUAAUUGGGAGAUCGCCCACUUGAAUAACUUCAUCGCUUACCAAACCACUUUAAAAGCUCUAGCGCGUAUGGUAUAUAAGACAUUCAGUACAAAUGUUACAUUUUAAACACACAAAUACUAAUUUCAUCUCUGAAAUUUGAUUCGUUCCAUCCAGAAAUAUGAACCCCUAAUUAUAUUGAGUAGUAUAUUGAGCAUUCUAUGAUCGAAUGCUGCCUAUUGCUUCUCCCUGAAGCGAUAUAUUGGGUUGAUGACUGAAUAUAUACACAUGCUCCAAUUAUUAAUGUACAUAUAACAUAUAGUUCAUAAAAUACUUCUUUUUUAAGUCGUUGUAACUUGGAAAACAAAUCGCGAAUAACGUACUAUAUCCCCUCCCCCUCAUAACAUUUUUCUCUUGUUUUACAGUCUAGAUUCACUCUCAAAAGUAUCGACGUGUAAUUAAAGGUCGAGCCUGUAGAGCCAAUGUUUUCCAUUGAAUGUGUAACGAAAGUUUAUGACGUUAAUGUUUCUGAUGUCCUUUUAAUCUUUUGCUAUAUAUACAUGCGUUUUAUUAUUAUUGUUCUUGAUUGCGGUUUCUGUUUUUUAGUCGACGUUGCCUUUUAAUUCGUAUACGAUAAAUACGAGUGUCUUUCUUGGUUGUGCUGUUUUGUUUCACAUUCAAUAAGCAUUUGCACUUGGUCGAACAAGUUUAGUGAUAGGCCGAAUAGAGACGAGAGACGAUGGAAAAGGGAACUUCGGUUAGCAUUGAUUCGGCGUAAUACGUGCAGUAUUUCGUAAACUAUGGGCAUUACUUCGAGGUUAUGUUCAAGACACAAAUACAAUAAAAAAAGUUUAUGUAAAAAUUUUUCGUAUCCGAUCUUGUUUAAAACGAUAGCCAUUGUUACGUUGUACCAGGCUCUCGCCUGGGUUUUAAAAAAAAGCUACUGAAAGUUUUGGUAAACUAUUUUGAGGAAAAUAAGGCAAAAUUGGUUAUAGUAAGGUGGAACAAAAUCAGACGAUAUGGUGGGAAUGGCCUUUAAUGGUUAGUUGAUUGGACUUGUUCUGCAAUUAUAGAUAAUGUCGGAUAAGAUAAAUAUUUGUACGAACUUGUUUUAUUAUUUUAGACCGUUGAAGAUGCCUCGGAAAUUCUGCCCACAAUUUAUGGAAUAACCUGUAUUCGCGCAUAUAUCGUUAAAUAUAGAGAAGAAAACAUCGUAGAGCUAGAUAACCUAGCGGAUUCGGCGUGUCCGUGAAUGUUUUCGAUGAAACGAUCUGUUUCCUGGACGCGUUCUCGUUAAUUAACUAAUCACGAGCCAAGCAAUGGAAUAAUCCACGAUACCGUACAUCCAUAGUUUUAAACGAUAAGGUUUUUACACUCUUACGAUACACAUUUAAACUUUCUUCCUGCAUGCGAUCGAUCAUUUCAGACGUGACUAAUUCCGCAUAUUCGAUCCACGAUCGUUUUAAUAAUUUUGUUUCUUUUUGUUUGUUACGAUUCGCUUCGGCGUUUAUGCGAAAGAAAUCCGAGAAGCGAUUAUAUGUUAUUCGAAUCAUUUUGCGCAUUUCGUUUAAGCAUGCGAAACAUUUAUUAUUUUCUUUAUUUUCUUUUUUCCCGUUUACUGUGUACGCUUGAUAGAAUCGUAGAAUUAGACAUUGAUGAUUAUUAGUAUUCCGGGAUCGAUCGGAUCUCGUCCAGUUGUUUCCAAUUACCAUCGACAAUUCUACGUUCGACAAGUUGCUGUUUGGUCAUGAGACGGUGAUCGAAGUGGGUCGUAUAGAACGAAAGAGGUCGCUGUUACGUUUGUCGCUGAAAUUUUAUCGCGCAUCGUUACGUUGCGCUUUUAGUUCUUUCUUUUAUCCGAGCCCCUCGCGUUAUUUAUACAUAUAACAAAUUCUCCCGAUACGAUAGAUUUCACACGUUCGCGACAACGAUUACAAUGGAGGCGAAUUUGUUGUUCAACGAGCCGCCUUCCGCGUACAAUGGCACUCCGCGCCGUAGUAAAUUAAUAGCUGUUACGUUACAAAAGACACUUUGGACCACAGUCCUUUGGAACGUUUUAGAACAUCAACGGUUCGACACUUUUCCAUUCAACGAUACUUGAAAUUUUGUUUUAUUUAUGUGGAUUGUUCUUUCAUUUAUUAUUGUACUCUUAUCCAGGGUAUAAAAAAUUAUAGGAAAAAGAAACACAAUAAUUUUUUUGUUAUUUUACCUUAUAUUUAAUUUAUCGACUCGCUCGUUUUUCCGUAUCCCCUUACUGUAUUUGUCGGUUAGGUUUCUGUUCUCCUGAAAAAUGUCGAUCGAGGAAAGAUUGUACGUUGUCUGAAGGCUUUGCAUAUAUUUUGAAACGUUAAAGUGCAUUUUACACGGACGAAUGGGAUAAUUUUAAACGCCUGGCUUUUUUGUCGCGGAGAAAAAGGUUAACUGCGCGCUUCUGGAAUGCAUGGCACAGUGUUGACAACUAUUCUCUACUAAUUGCAACGAAUUAUACGAAAUGCAAAGCACACAGGAAAGAACGUCAGGAUAAAUAUGCUAACCUAUUUUUAUAUAUAUAUAUAUAAAGAAAACUAUAUAUCUAUUAUAAAUAAGUAAAUAUAUAUAUAUAUAUAUACAAUCAUAUAUUAUAUAUGUACGAUUUUGAAAUCUAUCGUGUGUGUGUUCAUAGAUAAAUUGAGAAUUGUAAAAUCGAAUACGUCGGAAUAUAUGGGUUGUAAUUAAAGGUAUAGGAAUUGGUUAAUAUAUUUCGUUGUUAUAAAUUGGACUACGUUCCGAUUUGUAGAUAUAAAUAAUAUAGGUAUCCUAUUUUUUGCUCACUUUUUCCUUGCAUUUACAAACAACAACAAAAAAAAGUAUGUAAUAAAAAUUAUGAAAUAUUAAUUUAUGCGUUUCUUUUCAUUCUUCAUUCAUUACACUUACCGUUUUUUUUCUGGCAAAAACCGGCGAUUAUGGGAGAAACGAACAAUAUACAAAAACGAACAAAUGUAAAGUUCAACAGACUUUCGAAAUUGCAAACCAAAACAGGAAAACAAAAGCAGUCAUGGAAAAAGGGAGAAAAAAAAAUUCCCCGGUCGUUUCAACACUGUCAUACUGUGCCAUACAUAUCCACUUCGGUGUACGAUGGUUCAGAAAAAAAAGGAAAAAAAAAAAAGAAGAAAGUUUGUCCGUAAAUCAUACACAUCGUAAACUUUUCCUUUUGUGUAACGUUCACGCGUAGAAUGCCAAUAGCGCGCGAAAUUAUAAAUUCCGCAACGUACGUGACAUACAGAAUAAAACUUUGUCUGAAAUGAUUAAGUAACCACGCAAAACGGUGGUUAUCCGAGUUAUUUUAUCGGUAUAUUAAAUUUGUGAAUUUUUCUAAUUUUUACAGGGAUAGAAUAAUUCUGAUUUUCUUUGGAAGGUGAAAGAUUUUGUACGUUAAAGGGAUACAUUCUCCGAUACGUCAGGAAAUUCUUUAGAAGUCUGUUGCCAUAAAUUAACAAGUAUUGAUUUCCUUAAUACAGACAUAACAAUUCGUUGCAUUAAAAUAAAAUAUAUUGCUUUUCAACUUCCCUUUACAAAAGUAGGAUUCGUUCAAGAACUUUUAACGAUCGAUCAGCUUUACCCGAUUGUUCCAAACAUUCGAAAACUCGUCAGUGUCCUUUAACUUCGUAACGUUGCACAAAUAGUACACAAUUUUGCAUGCGAUGCACGUAUUUAACCGCUAUGGCAAUUAACGCGUGUUAAACCUUUCGCCAAGGCGCGCGUGUAAGAACGCUCGAUGCAAAUAAAACUAUAAUUACUUCGAUCGCUAUCAAAUGUUCCGAUAGUAAAAAUAAGCGUGAUAGAUUGAAUUAAGUAGUCCACGAAAAAUGUUUAUAAUAUCCCUCUCGAACGAGUGUAUGCGUGAACCAAGAAAGAGGACGAAGAAGAGUUUUGGGGCAUAUCGUACUCUCACGAAUAGACAAUAAAUGUCCAAUCAACAUGGGUCGAGAAAUCGACAUCCACGGAGACAAAAUAAAAAGACAAUGAUUAUUUGAGGAGAGAGUUUCGACUUUCUACAUAUUCGACGGGUCUAUCUUUCAUUUCAACGCGUGCUCAAGAUCUUCGUGGCGUAGAAUUAGAGAUUCUAUUAAAGAAAUAAUAAAGAAACUAUAGUAGAUCGUAUACGAUUGGUUCUCGAAAGUAAAAUAAAUUUUAAUGUAUCGUCGAGGAUGGAUUCAAAGGCCUAUGUUGACUGCGUGUUUCUUUGUUAUUUUUCUGAUUACUGGUAUACCCCUCGAGUCCUCGACCACCAUCUUUUUCUUUUUUUUUUUUUUUUAUCGUCCCGUAUACGUAAUUCGCAACGAAAGGGUUGCGACAGUAUCGGUUAAGAGUGUGAAACAUUUAUCGAUCGUCCCGCGAUUCUCGACGAUUCCGUGGACACGCGAGCAAUCCAUCUUUCGAUGGCUCGAUCGAUGAACAAGAGUAUAGCAGUGCCAAAGAGACUGAGCCGAACGACACUCAAAGAACAUUGUAGGAGAUACUAGGUGUUCCAAGUGCGACUUAAGUAAACGAUGCAAUAAACGUGCUUCUAGCGUACGCCGCGUUUCUAAAACGAGAUUCGACGAUUGUUCGACGUACGAAUGCUCAUAGGGAUGCUCGAAACGAAGAUAAAAAAGAACCUCACAGGCUUGUCCGAUAAAAGUUCCUUCAAGCUCGCGGAACGUUCCUCGCGAUACUGUCGGAACGCACAGUUUGUACAGAAAGUAACGUCUUCGCGAAUGUAAGUGCUCUUAACAAUGCAUUUGAUAAACUCGUAACGAUUGUUUUCGAUCAUCGUGGCUCCGUUAUCGUUUCCGUUGCGACAAGCUUCGAGUGUAGAAGAACCGUUCGAAAGAGAAUUCGUUUUCUCCCCGUACAUUUUCUCCAAUAGCGUCAUGCCGGUCAGAAAUAGUUUUCGUAGUAUGUCUUCGGUAGUUCAACGCGUAUCGCGAUCGACGAUCACGCGUUUCGAUGUAUUAUCGUUAAGUAUCGUCUAGACUAGAGAUCGUUAUUCCGACCCUUUGAAACGAAUCAAAAUUCUAAAUACUAACGUCGGUCCCUUACUUUCACUCCGUUUUUUCUUCUUUUUUUUUCUUUCUUUUUUUUACAUAUAUUUUUCUUUCUCUCUUGUAAUGCUAAUACGGUCGGUCGGACUAAAACUUCUCUUGCGUUGCAUUAUCAUUCGUCCCCGAGUAAACGUAGUGCCUUCUUUUUUCUUUCGGUUGCGGAGUUUAGCGUUUGACGUUCUGAUUUUUGCGAAUCUCGAUGCGCACAGAAUGUCACGUUCACGUAGAUAAGAACGAAAAUCGAUGGAUCGUUGUACCAACGAGAUCGCGGAAAGCGAUUCACGCUUAUCGCCGAUCAUUGAAACACACACACGUAGUGUCUUAUCGGUUAAAUGUCAUUGAGUGAUAUUUAACUCGAAGUAGAAACAAUAGAGGAUAAAGUUCUCGCGAAUCAAAGUAUAUCGACCUGCGCGAGCCUACGACAUCAGAAAAAAAUGCUCGACCUCUUUGUCUCUCUCUCUCUCUCUCUCUCUCUCUCUCUCCCUCUCACUCACUCUUUCUUGAUUUGUUGGAAGUUUUAAGGGUGAAAAAAAAAACAAAAAAUCCAAGUGCCAAUUCUAGCGAAGCGAGAGUAAAGGACUAUACAUAUAUACGUAUAAUAUAAAAAAAUAUAUAUCUAUAUCUAUAUAUAUAUAUAUAUAUAUACAAUAAUACCUAGUGUAAUUUUACGUGCAUUAUUUCUUACGUGAAUAAUACCAAUACAUGCAAACGCGCCGACGAGGAAGGAAACACACUCAAACUGUCUUUGCUUCGACAUUUGGUUAAAAAGAAAUGAUUAAAAAAAAAAAAAAAAAAGAGAAAAAGCGUCGAACGCAAAGAAUAGUUUUUAUUUCCAUUUCUUCCUCGUUUGCGCCACGAAACGCAUCAUUAUCGGAGGGACAUACACUUAGACGAAUUUUUAAUGAGAAUAAUUGUCGCGUAUUAGGCGAGAAAACUGUAAAAACGAAGCGAGACGGUGUGCCGCGUGUAGGUUUUAAGGUUAAGUACAUUCUUAGGUGGGCAUCGUUGGUGUUUGUCGAUCUUUCUGUACUGCUCACAGUCUCAUUCUCUGUCUUAAAUGUCGAAUCGUUGAUUCUUUGAUUGUCCAUAGUCGCAAUAUGUCAAGAGCAAGGGAGUUUCGUUUAUCGAUCGAAGAACGAUCCGACGCAUCGAUGAUCCUUCGAGCAUGGCCUUCGUAAACGAGGUCUCCUCUAUCGCGUUCAUUCUUCUCGCGAGAAACUUCGAUAUUUCUUGCAAAGUCUUUCUCCCAAUUAACAAAACAUAUUUCGCGAACACUCGAUACUUCUACAGUGCCUGUGACCGUUCAUAUCGUUCAUAAUUGUUAAUUACGUAUUUUGUGGUUAUUCUCUAACGCCAAUAUUUAAUUUGCAAUAGUUAUCCAUAUCAUCGAGAACACAUGGACUUCCGCUUGAAACAUCUAACAGAGAUUGAAACGAAUUUGUUCAUAGGCUAUCAAAGGUUUGUUUAUUCGAUGACCAAAUUUCCGAUAAAAUUUUAUUAGUGUCAUUCCAAGGCUGUUCGUCUUUUUCCCUACAUUUUGCGUCUUCGCUGUCUCUUUCGACCGUUCCUGAUCGCUGUGUUUCAUCGUAAUCGAAGCGUAGCCAAGCGAGGAGAACGAUUUAAACAGGAAAUCGAAACGACCCGCAAAACGUGUUAUUAGAAGUUCAAAAUGCUACAAAAACUAUUCGUUCCGAUAGUAGGAGUUCUCUUUCGAAGGAAAAAACAUCCGAUGAUAUUAUAGGAGAUGCGCUAAGCACAUAUUCUUCUCUCAACAUUAUUUGUAACUGGAAACGUGUUGCUACAGCAGCGCUGUAGAGUCGAUUGGUCGAUGUUAUUCCAUUCGGCGUGCAAUUUUCGUAAACAUCGUUAGCAUCGAAAUGUCCAGCUAAAACAUUUUUCCUAAACAAAUAUACACGAACUGUCAACGAAUAAAUAUAGUCGAGCUUCUUUGUCAACGACAUACGGACUGUCGCACCACCUAACGACAAAAUGUAUUCAGCAAUACGUACACGCAACCGUUAUAUUCUAAGGUUAGGUCCAUUGUCGUAGUGAUUCACGACUACGGAACUACAACAUUGGAUAUUGCCAAAAUAACCAACGGAGGUUACGUUGGAUCGAUGCACAAACGAUCAAUAAAUUCGUUGAACUGGAAAAUAAUUCUGUCGAGUGACGGGCAAUACAGGCUGUUCGUUGGUUUAGCGACGAAAACAAAAGUUCUUCCGCUAUUUCGAACACGACAUUCGCCCUGUUCGCUUUUCAAUUUCUAUCGCGCGAAGGCUUUUUCUCAAUACGGCUGUAGCAGCUUGAUGUGCCUACUUGGCUGCGCAAAUAUCGACGAUUAAACAUUCGUAUUCGAAAGGAGAAAAAAGCGAGAUUAAAUAUAAAAGAUUUGUUUCGAUACACGAUAUCCGAUUUCCGGUUACGCGCAUCUCUCUAUUCAUCGGUUUGAAGAAAUGCACGUGGAAGGAGAUAUCGUAUCUCCCGAUAAAAAAGACGCACGCUUUGAUAUACGACUAUUUCCGUACGUUAGGCUCUCCGAUUCUAUCUCCGAUUCCCGUAAGCAAUAGGCUCGACGGAAUUGCAACUUCGAACAAGAGACGUUUCGUUUUUGUUCGCAUUUAACGGUUCUAGCCGGUUAUACACGCGACGUGCCACACCGUGCCAAAUACGUACGAACGAAGUGCAUUAAGUAGUUAAUUAAUUGGUGUAUAGAUCGCGCGACUAGUUCUGCGCCGUGAAGUUUUGUAUAUACGUACGGCUGCUACCGAAAACGAAGAACAGACACCGUGUCGCAAUUCUAUCAGCGAAAAGGAUCUCCGGUCGGCGAUUUCUUUUUUUUCCUUCUUCGCGUGACAUGCGAGGCAUCGAGAGACACGUAGCCAUCGCGAUAACAUUCGAUUCACAUCGAACUCGCAGCGCGAAUCCUUGCGAAGAACGUUUUCAGAAACGAUCGCACGCGAUUCUUUGAUAAUACCUGUCCCGGGAAAUAUUUCGAACGAGUGCCUCGAACUAGAUUCGUUUAUCGUUACAGUUUUUAAACGGUUCGUCGUUGUUCGUAAUGGAGAGGUUAUGCGAGAGCGCCGGCGAGUGAUUCACGCUAAAAAAUUGUUACUAUAGCACGUUCCAUGAGACGACGAAAUUGGAGGUUAACUCGUCACGUAGCCAAGUUAUCGUUAGCCUAAUGAACUAUUGUGUGGAUACUCCCCAUCAAAUUUUUGCUAUAAUUUUGUUUUAUCAGCAGGACCAUCGGACAGUACUGAUCUUGAACCAAUAUUAUUAAUGUAGACACAGACAACUCAGCAGGUUAACCGAUAGUUUCCUUUUGUAUGAAUAUUUUUCACUCAUUUUUCGUACGUUCCCGAGUUUUUAAAUGUAUUUUUAUUUGUAUUACUUUAUUUGAUAUCUUUAUACAUUUUCUUUUGUAAAUAUAGUGCAUAUAGAAUUGUAAAAUGGUUCGUUGCUGUUUAUAUACAUGUACAACGGUGACUCGUAUAAAUUGUUUUGUAUUUGUAUACAUAUAUUCGUGGAAUAGUGGUUUUGUUUAAAUCAGCUUUUCGUCUGAUGGAACGUUGCAUAGUAUUGUUAUUAUUAUUUUUCAACAUUAACAUCGUAGAUCCUUAAAAGACGAGUGAGUUACCGGAAGGGCGGUAUACAUGUCCGUUUAUCGCGUAGUACUAUAUUUUCUAACUGUGAUGCUAGAGGAAUUUUGUAACACGUAGGUUGCGUAUAGAUUUCGUUCGAUGGUGAUUCGAUGAAGCAGAUUUCUCAUUGUUGGACCGACAGGAUGAAUGGCGCGCCGUUGAUCAUCGCCUUUUCCCCCUUUUGUUGAUUCCAUAUUUGUUGUCUGAUUUGGUUCGGUAACCGAGACGAAACGAUAGUUUCCCCGACACGACGCGAAUGAUUCGUUGUUACGAACGGAACACUGGUAAAGAAAGAUCGUCGUAGGUGUUCGUACAAGUACUCUGGAUAUCGAUAGAAAUUGUGGGAAAAAAUGUACGAUUUGCGCGCACGCCGAAACAAAAACAAAAGGUACAUAAUUGUAACAAUCGGAACAACGUCGAUUCUAACAUUUAGUUAAUUAUACUUUCGCGUCGUGCAAACUAACCUCUCGGCACGUAUAAAUCGAUCCUGCGAGCGAGAAACGUAAAACGUAGUUGCGUAAUCGUCGGAUGUAGAAUUCAAGAAUUAACACGUGUGUCGAAUAAAAAGGUCAUACGUUCGGUAUUCGAAGAUAUUUAAUCGCGAACGGAUUGUGAUUUUUUUCUACAUACUAUUCAUUAAUCUCGAUGACGCAAGCAUGCGACAUCGUUGUACAGUACACAAAUAGAGUUAAUGGUACAUCAUAAGCACCGAGUGAGUUCAAACUUCGCUCGAGUGCAUCGUGCGACUUCCACGAUGACCAGACGGGGGCUAUCGAACGAUCAUUUUCUCACAACAAAUUGCAUUAUCAGAGACCCACGGCGUUGCCGAUAAUGAUCUUACAACCAAUUGAGGUUCUCUCGUAGAUUCGUGUUCGACCCUCCCGCAUCGAGGUCAUCGAGGAACGCUCGAUCACAAAAAUCUCUUUUCACCCGAGAAGCUUGCGGUUGAAGGUGCUCGAGCGUCGUAGGAAAGAAAAAGAGAAACGAAGCUUCGCGCUACGCGAGAAAGAGAAAGAGUACAGAAAACGCGUAACGAUAAUAACAACUCGCGGCGGCAAAAACGAAAACGGCGAAGACGAGGAGGACGAAGAAGAACGAGGAAGGCAUGAUUUCUAUCGCCCAUAUCAAACUAAGGGUUAGCUCGUAACGAAUGAUAAAAGCGAAAAAGAACAAAAAAAUAAAUAAAUAAAAUAAAAAGGUAAACGAAAGAGGGGACCGGUCGCGUGAUCGGGACGACCGACGUGCCGAUAAAACCGAUUCCGUCGAGAUGAUUAUUGCCUUCUGCCCUCGUGCACGAUUACGAGGCCGGUCUCUGGCUGCGUACUAUCGAGGAAACACGGGAAACGUUUACGUUCUCUGAAGCGCUUGUUAAAUGUGUGUAUAUCGCCUCGCGUACUUGAACGACUGAAUUUAAUUAAAAUCGUGACUUAAUGCGAUACGUGCGAAUGCGUUUGCGAGCGCCUGGAAAACAUUUCGUCCUUCGAGAGACAACCUUGUCCUUCGGAGGUCCCGUACGGUGAUCCCUUUCCGCGUUGCCUCUUAGAAGGAAGAGAAAAGGGUGGAACAACGACGACGGUGGAAGGAACAAAAACGCGUUGCUUUCCCCCCUUUUCCCUUCCGCUACUUUUCUUUCCGUCCUUCGUGUCGCACUCGCGGCGACCCGACGGACGAACGAGCGAGAAGAGGGUACCGCAACAAUACACACUCGUACACGUACGGAAAGUACAUACGCAGAGCGGUAGGAACGGUCCCACGGGAGAGGAUCCGUUCGUACAUAGGUAUAUAAUGUAAACCGUGACUCUUUUUAUUGACGACGACUGCAUUGCUCCCCCUGACAAAGGCUCGUAUAUUCAUUACAUAGUUGUAUUUGCAAUUAUUACCUAUGCAUAUAUAUAUAAAUAUAAAUAUAUAAAUAUAUAUAUGUAUAUUAUAUUCACUAAUUAAAGUAUAUACAAAUGGCAAAGAAUGUGGAUAAAAGAGAGGAAUUUAAAUAUUGUUGGCGAGAAUGGAGAGCACUGAUGAACGAACGCGUGGAACAUUAUCGACGACGGAGGGAACACACAUCGAUGAUUUCGCGAUGAUAGGAAAGAGAAAUUCGUAUGCCUCUUUCCGACUUUGGGAUACCAUGAGAUAUACAGGGGAGGGGGGGAAAGAACGGACAAACGUUUCUUCUUCUUUUUUUUUCUUCCCUUUCUCUGUUGAUUCCAUUUUCUCAUUCUGUUUCUUUCCCCCCGUUUCUUCUUCCGCCAAUUAUUAUAUAAUUAUUACUAUUAUUACAAUUACCUAAUUAUUAUUAUUAUUAUUAUUAUUAUUAUUAUUAUUAUUAUUAUUAUUAUUAUUAAUGUUAUUAAGUAUGUUAAUCUUUCGAUUGCAUUAUCCUAGAGUUUACACUGGGACGUGCAAUGUUGCGGUUCGAGACAAAUUGCGUCUUCGCAAAAAGUGAUAACGCGCGAUCGAUAGUCCUGGGGGAAUGAUCCUUGGAUCCAAACGACGAGUGCAUAAGAAAUAAACGUUUUACGUAAAAAAAAAAAGAAAAAAGAAAAAGAACUUUUCCGAUCGAAUUUUAUCAACGUGGCUGACAGUGUAUUCGGCAUCGAAGACUCGUAAGCGGACCUUUAAACCAAUUGAAAUUCACAAAGUACAAGCUCGCGUACGAUGAAACAGCGAGAACGAAUAUAUCUGUUAUUUGGAUUGCUUAAGCGCGUAUGUUUGCACUGCGUAAGCAAAGGGAACAUGUAAAUCGAGUAGCGCGAUGUUCGUGCAAUCAUAUCAUUCGGAUAGUGCAAGCAGGUGUUCUAUCCAAACAGUACAAACGUCUAGCUAGCACAAACACGACUGUUGCGUACGUGGGCGUGUACGAUGUAAUAAUUUUCGUAAGCGAAGGAGACACGUUGUUCGAAAUAAUCGGAGGAUCGCGUGACUGUAACGGGGAAGCCACUCACGACAUUAAAAGUUCCAAUUUUAAGUCGGUAAAAAUGCUAUUAUAAAUACACAGUAUUCGUUUCGUCCCUAAUUUUGGCCAUUUGAAUUCUAAUUAUAAAUUGUAGGUACAUAUAUAUCAAAUAAUUAUUCGGUCGAGUAAUCGUCACGAGUAAAUAUAGAAUUGGUCCGAAGUAAGUGGCCUCGUUCACGGACAUACAUAACAAUAUAAUCGUUCAAAAACUCGAAAAGCUGUUUACGUUAACUUAUUUAAUAAACGGACGAGGAUAUUUACAUUGUUCUCAUUCGUCGUUUGUUCGAAUAAAAUUUCAAUUUUCAUAAUAUUUCUUGGGCGUGCAUGAGAAGAAAAACAUUCCACUAAAAUUUCGGUCCCGAUGCUGAGACAAUGUUUUUUACUGUCAUCGAGAUAAUUACGUGUAAACGGCACAGUGAUCGCGUGCUCGUCGUAAUAUUUAAAAAAAUACGCGUUUUCGUACCUCCGUUUUUCGAAUCUACGGGCAUUCCCCACGGAUGUCAUCGCGUAGCAUGUCGGUGUUGUAUGUACAGUAGGUAACACGGAUUUAUGCCGCUUGAGGAGACUAUGUCUUCCCCCUCUUCAUACAUUUCUUGAUGUCAUCCGACACAAUGGAACAUCUUGGCUCUGCGAAAGACUGGAAAAGGGAAAACAUAUUACUUCUGUGCAGUAUGUAUCCAUGAAGCUGGGUGUGCAUACACUGGAGAAAAGUGAUCUCUCGCGCGGACCAAGCAACAUAAAAACGGUGCCUGGUACGAUAUUCUUGAGUCGUCGACGAGUACGAUACACGGCGCCAAACAUAAGCGAUGAAACAAAAUGAUUCGCGGAUAAAACUAAUCGUAGAUACGAAAGGAAUUAUUACAACCAUUUUAUUUUUACUAUAAUAUAGAUUUAUCGCUUCCCAUUCGAAUCUAAUUUAAAAAAAAAAAGAGGAAACGGAUAUAUCGUUAUUGCGAGAUAUCUGUGCAUUUAUUAAGGAAACAUAUUUUUUUUCUUUUAGGUUUUGAACAUAAAACGAAUUGUAUUCAGAUUUCAGUUGUGUGUCAAAUAGUUUCUACAAUUAGUUUCGUUUCGCGAACAGCUCUGUGCUGAUAGUUACGUUCGACGCAGUACGUAAAACGAAACACGAAUAUAAAAAAGAGAUCCCUUUUCUGCGGUGGACUCUCCGGUUUGUUGUUAUCGGGUGCGAGGUGCACACAGAACCGGGAAACGUUAUUGCGCAAAACAACUUCCUCCGCUUCCUUGAUACGAUUCUGUUUCACGCGCGCUUCCGGCCGUCUCCCCGCGUGCUUCUGUUUUUAUGUGGAGAGAGAGAAAAAUAAAAAAGACGUACGUGGUUUUAAAAUACAUUACGUGAAAGUAUCGAGCGAAGAAAUAAAAGAAAGAAUAA